UAAGUGACAGUCUUCUUGGUGACAGUGACAGCUAAGAAGGCCAUUUUUCUUGUCUGAGAGUUUUCAUUGAAGUUAAUUUACCUGCUGAUCGGCCGCUGUUUGGACUUGGUCUGGACGAUUGGACUGCGUUGUCGGACCCUCGGACGCCGGCGGAAGCAUAAAGCAGUAAGCACACUGACAACGAAAGAGCAAAAUAGAGCCACCACCGCCAUUCACACGCAGCACGUGUGUGUCAUCUGGCCCCAUUAUUCAUUUCAUUACCAAACGGUGAGGGCUUUUGGUCUCAUUGUCUCAUUACCUAUAAUGGAAGAACAAGCGGACUCGGGAGCACCGACUCUGUCGACUCCUUGCCAGCGGACAAUGAUGGACAAGGACAAAGCUACCGAUAAAUUUCCAGACCUCCCGGGCACGCCGCCUGCCCUCCAUAAUGGGACUUCAAUGUUAGACUACCUACUGCAAACCCCACCGGCCGCGGAGGACCCUUCAGACAACAUCGAGAUGAAACUUUUUGCAGAGUAUGUAAAAAAUAUUGACGAGCUGCAGCGUCUCCACCUUCAAAAGGUCAUCAAGGACAAGGACAAGCAAAAUUCGGACAUGACCCAAGCUGACCUCAGCAUUAAAAUGCUUGAGCCCAGCGCGCCAACCCUGGAAGAAGUCGAGGAAGACUUUAAGGACGAGGAGACAAUUCCCAAGAGCUUCGUUCCUGAUUUAGGAGUUGGGCCAUCUUUUUCUGCGCCAAGUUGCUCACACCAAAACCCAAGAGUUGCAGCUGAAGACAAACAGCAGAAAGAUGUCCUAAAGGCUACUGAGAAGAUUGCUCCGGACAAAACAGAGCCGAAUGGAGACGAUUCUGUUACAAAUUUGAGGUGUUUCCUGGGGAAGGAAGAAAUUUUAAAAUUGGAACUACAGCAAAAAGGCGUGACAAUCAAAAUAGGCAAGGUCACAAUUGCUGUAGCAAAUAGCACUGAUUCCCAGAAUGAGAAGAAGACUGAAUAUGAGGCUGAGGAGACCCCCAAGCACACAAAUCAAGUAGAUAUUGAAAAAAUUGGUCGAGGAAGAGCUGCCAAUCCUUCAGAAGCCAUAGAGCAGAACAAAAAUAAUGAAGCACAAAAGGAUGCACGUGGCGUCGCGCCAGACAGAGUUGAGGUACCACAAGUACCAGCUCAACCUGCUGAAGAAGGCUCGAAUAGAGUGAUUUGCUACAUUUGUUAUAAGCCUAUGACCAGGAGGAACUUUGGGAAGCACAUGCGAAACAUGCAUGAUAUGACUGGCCCCUAUCAUAUAUGCUUGCUACAUUCUGUGUGCUUCAAAACCUUCGCUGAUUUGGAUCAACUGAAGGAGCAUAUGAAGGAUGACCAGUAUGACCACACUACAAGUGCCAGUUACAAUCCCUCGGCCUUAACCCAUUGCAGUCUGUGCGGAAUGCGGCCUCAAAUGGCAGAUGCUGCUCUGCAUACGUUGUCUCGUCAUUAAAUGAAGUCACAAUAAAAACAAUUCUAAGUUUUAUAAAAAUUAAACAAAAAAUUAAAAAAAAAAUAAUAAAAAAAUAAAAAAUAAAAUAAUAAAAAAAUUAAAAAAAAUUUAAAAAAAAAAUGCAAACUUAAAAAAACUUAAAAACUAUAAAAUUAAAAAAAAAACGCCUUACACUGAAUAAUUAUAAAAAAAUUGAUAGAAAUGAAAAAGACUGAUAUUUUUACCUAAGAACAUCGUGAUUUUAACAAAAAUAAGUGACGAAAAAAUACGCUGAACGCCAGCAACUGAAAGCCUGGGUCGGAGUGUGCGUGUCUCGACGUGGUGACAGUGAAUGUUGCCAACGGGGUCACCAUGAACGUCAUCACUCGGGACUUUUGGCACGGCCUUCAGCUGCGACUACAAACCUAUCCUGUGUGAGGACAAUAUAG